GGUUUCUGGUGACUUGCCAAUCUAUUUAACCGCACAAUUGAGGCUGUUAGGGUCGCAAAGUCUCCCUAUCUGAUAGAGCUUAAACCUGACGUUUUCCGUGACGACGAGAGCCUCAACGAAGUCAAAACACCUUCACCACGUCCCAACAUGGCUUCGACAGUUCCUCAGGUCGUUCUCUUCGGAGAUUCUUUGUUCCAACAAUGCUCAGAUAUACAAGACGGUUUCUCUUUUCAAGCUGCUCUCCAGUCUGGUGAGAAUCCAACGUAAGUGACCGCAUAGGAAACGGCCUGACUUCUGCAGAUUUCAUUCGGCGUCUGGAUAUCGUGAACCGGGGAUACUCGGGCUUCAACACCGACAUCGCUCUGAGAUACCUGCCUGAAAUCUUCCCGGAGCGUACAGCCUCAUCCCCCAAGAUGGACUAUCUAGUUCUCCUGUUUGGCGCAAAUGAUGCUGUGCUUCCUGGUGCUAUCACCAAGCAGCAUGUUCCUAUAGAUCGGUACAAGGAAAACCUCACCAAAAUUAUCAACCACCCACGCAUCGCUGCCCACAAGCCCCAGAUUCUGCUGGUGACGCCGCCUCCCCUGGAUGAGAUCAAGACGACCCCUCGCUCCAUCGAGAAUGGCCACCAAGGAGCAGUCCGCAAGUCUGCUAUUAGCGCUGCCUACUCCGAGGUGGCUCGUGAGGUAGCGCGCGAAAAUCCUGGGGUUAUUCUAGUCGACCUCUGGAAGGCCCAGAUGGACAAGGCCAUCUCCCUUACUCCUGACGAUUACACCCCUGGUGGACCAUGGCUAGGCGACCCCGAGAACGGUAAGCAGGGUGGCCUGGACACUCUCCUUCACGACGGGCUCCAUAUGAGCGGAUCUGGCUAUCAGGUAUUCUAUGAGAGCCUUAAGCCAUUUAUUGGUAAGGAGUGGCACGGCCUCGCGGACGAUGAUCGCAAGGGAUUUGUGAUCCCAGAUUGGCGAGAACUGCUGGAGCUCAAGCCCAAUCUGAACACUGGCGAUUAGAUGGGAUGCAGAUUAUGGUAUUCGAUAUUGGAGGCACUGAUUGAGAAUAAGAUGCCAAAAUAUACGCGCUGUGCAGAGUUUCUUGUGUCCUUGACUCGAUGUUUUGCAGCAAUGAGGUGUGAGCGUGGCUUGAGGU